AAUCAGCGCUUAGAUUGACGUGAAUAUUCAAUCAUGUUGUUUUUUCCGUAUUUUCUGUUUACAAAAUCAAAAUAAGCCUUGAAAUUUAAACAAAUUCUCGAGUGCCACCGAUAAAAUGGGCAGAAGAAGGAAUUUUAGAAUGACUUUUCCGAAAAAAUCAAAAAAGGCCGCAGAUGAAGUUCCGCCAGGCCCAGAUCUUGACCAGGAACAGAAUCCUAAAGAGGACGUUGUUGUUAAUCCUGCAAGGCCUGCAAGCGCAGAUUUUAUUCCAUAUGAACACAAAGAAACGACUGAUGAAAGCGAUGGAAUGAAGAAGUUCAUCUUCUGCGGCAUCUCAGAGAGGCCCGAGACUCCCAACAAUGAACCCUGGUGCAUCGUUUGCGGCUCUGUGUUGAGAAACUGGGACCAGAAAUGCCCAGACAUGUUCCAGUCACGAAUGCAAUUCGAUGGAGGGCAACUUUACUUCAAAACCUUGGAGCAAGCUAUUAGGCACAGCCUCAGUCCAGAUGACACACCUACAAAAGCAAUUUGUUGCAAGUGCUGCUUGCAGAUGGAGGAAACGGUUCGUUUGGAACUGAGGUUGAACGACAUUAAGACAGAACUGAACAAGUCGUUCACGAAAACUGUGCAGCAUCUCAUGAUUGGCACAAUAGGGAAAGUGUGGAAACAGAGCCAUAAGAAGUCCAGGAUCCGGUCUUCAGAACUGGUCGAAGAUGAUUCUUCCACAACUGAGAGUGAUUCCGAUGACUCUCCCAAUGGAAAAUGUAAAAUCAGAGUUUCUGAAACAAUGUCCCUGGCGGAUCAAGCAAAAUCCAGCGACGAAUCCUCCACUCCGGCCAAAAUCAGAAUCAUGGACCCAGCGUCCAUCAACAAGUCUUUCCCAUCUCCUCCUCCUCGUCCAGAACCAAAACAGAAAUCACCGAAGCAGGAUCCCUUUCCUUUCAAGAUGCGAACUGAACACAGAAAGGUGUCUGUGAAAGCUAUGGAAAAAAUCUUAUUGGGAACAGCAAAUACUCCUGAGAAGAAAACACCGCAGCCUACUGAUCCAAUUCAAACAACGUCAGUUCAGCCAAAUGCAACCGAGGAGGUCCGCUUAUCUUCAAUAAGUGGAAAUGAAAUGGAUCCCUUGUCGCUGUCCAAUCUCUUGUCAGAAAUCAAAGACUAUGACCCAUCGAAAUCCAAUGCUGAAAGCAUCGAGGUCCAGCCGGACAUGAGCUUCCUCAAUGGAACUGUUACUGCUGGGCCGAUCAACACUGCACCACGUCUGAUCUUUCAGACACCCUUUGCAAAUAUUGCUCCCAAGCCGGCGCUGCCUGGAAUCCAACCCUAUUUUCCAUUAGCAACAAAGGCCAAGCUUGUCAAGAUCGUGCAGGGACCACUUACAAACUCCUUGCAGAAUCCCCUCCCAGUCACUGCUGGACCUGCACCGAGAAUUCUCGGAGGCAACAGAAUGAGAUUGAUUAUCACCAAAAACGGUGCAAAAAUGGUGCAAACACUUCCUAGAAACGCUGUCUUCUCCAAUGGUGGCAAGGGGAGCCCCACUAGCAGCACGAUCGACCUCCAAAACGGCGAUUCCCACAAGCAAAAGAGGAAGUCGACCCAUGUUGUGAGACUUGAAAACUCAAACGCUGCAACGAGGAGGACGUCAGUUGGAGUGUCACUCUUGAAGACAACUUCAGACAAGAAACAAGAAGGGCCUGAGGCCGUUGAACCUCCUGUGAAAGUUGCUGACUCUCAUUCCAUUUUGAAGAAGAAACCAGGACGUCCAAGGCUCCACAAACGUCCAAGAUCGCAAAAGGUCGAUCUCAACUCUAUUUUGAGCUCGGUCACAGCUAGUGAAAGUGAAUCGCCUGUCACAGAUAGUGGUAGAAUAAAAAGGGGCGCUUUUCAGAAAGCUUCGAAGAGGCUAGAAAUUAUAGCAAACUAUCACCAAUCUCAAAAAUCAUUUUCCAAUCCAAAAAAGUGGAUGUCGAAAAUGUCUAAAAAUGCAGAGUCUGGACAGAGCUCUGAAGAAGAUUCAGUGGAAGAAGUGGUGGUUAAGAAGAAGCUGAGACUCAUGGAAGCCAGAGUAGUUCUGACAAACGUCAUGAACAAGAGCUCCGAAGAAGAAAAGGAUGUUUCCAUGUCGAGUCGGGAUAACAGCUUUUCAAAAUCCCAAGAAAGUGAAAAGGCUGGGAAGAGUGAUGUCGAGUCUGUGUGCAACCAAAUUGAGAAGGUGAUUUUGGAAUCACCGAAAACUAAGAAAAAGAAGGGUAAGAAAAUUAAAAAGGUGGCUUCGGAGGAGACUCUUACAAGUGACAUUUUUGUAUGUGACAUUUGCAAGCUGGACUUUGUCAAGUUAGAUGAGUUGAGAAACCACAUUGAGCAGGAUCACUUUGCUCCCAGUUAUUAAGGACUUUAUUUCUGCUGUACCAUUCAAACUUCUCGUAAUUCUUUUUGUUGUAGAUUUUUAUUUCUAAAAUAUGGCACAAUUCAUAGCAAGAAAUGGCUUUUGCUGAUAUGUGUGGAAUUUAUAUGAAAAUCAAUAAAGGAAUUACAAAUUAUUGUCAAUUAAACAGAUUGGACCCAUCCACCACAUUAAUAGCACCUGUAACUUAAAACCUACUUUUUCACCUACUGGCU